GAGAGCGAGAACCUCCUUGUUUCUCUCUAAGGGGUUAAAGCCAUAGAUAUCUGGUUGCUAGAAAAGCCCAGGGAUUUUUACGGGCGGAUUUAAAUACUAGAUGCACCUUCCUGUUCUGUCUAUUCUGGGCUUUUGAAUUUCUCAGGAGUAGUGUUGUUGCGAGGCAGGGACCGAUAGAUUUCCUAGGAAAAGAAAUGCUCAGGAAGAGGCCCUCCAUGUUGCUUAAGUGUCUCAUGUAACCACCUUGUUGUUUAGCAAACCCUACGUCCUAAGGGGGGAAAAACCUGUGGAAAAUAGCCUAUUUAUUGACCACAACACGGACAAGAAAAUCUCCUGGACACUUCUAUGAAAGGUUGGUUUGAAGGAGGACAGUUCGGGACCAAGGCCUAGCUGUGUCUAUUUGAAAUGGCUGACGGGGAAAGGUCUGGAACAGCAGUCUGCCUCCAAAACCGGGCUGCACAAAAACGUCUGGAAGUAAAAGUGGAGUAUGACCCAACACGUCCUGAACUAACAGAAGGUGGGGAAAGAUCUGGAAAAUCACCUCGUGUCCUUCAGGUUGGAACCAUCCGGGAGCUUCUCAACUGGGCCGCACCACGGGAGGUGAAAGAAGAACCAGAUGAAGGGUUAUCACAACGAUGGGAAGCCCAGUGGCAGGAGUUCCUCAGGGCCAUGCAGUCUCCCCAGUUGGGAUGGGGAAGCCCUCAACUGAUGGAGGAUGCUGCAUUGUGGGGAGAUAACAAGGCCUUCUUCGCCUCCUUUGAGCGACUGGCUGCCACCUGCCAGUUGCCCCGUCGGGAAUGGCUGGCUCGCUUGCUGCCCGUCCUGAGUCGGGAGGCCAGAGAGGCCUACAGCAACCUCAGCCUCCAAGACCGAGGGGAAUACGCCAAGGUCAAAGCAGCCAUCUUGCGAGUGGAUGCCGUCAAGAUGGAGACGCAGCGUCUACGCUUCAGACAGUUCCGCUACCAUGAGAUGAAGGGGCCUCGGGAUGCAUGCAGCCAACUCCACAAACUCUGCCACGGAUGGCUGAAGCCAGAGAAGCACACCAAAGAGCAGAUCCUUGACUUACUGGUCCUUGAGCAGUUCCUGACUGUCCUGCCCAAAGAGAUCCAGAGCUGGGUCAGGGAGCAUGAUCCAGAGACCUGUGCUCAAGCGGUGCCCCUGGCAGAAGACUUCCUGAUGAGGCGGCGAGAGGCAGAAAGAAAGGAGAAACAGAGGCUGGAGGCCAGGGUGGUGAAUUGGCCAGAGACAAAGCCAUCUCCUGCAGGCCCCGGGCUGAAGCGGUUCUGCAGAGAGGUAAAACCAGAAGAAAGCAGAGUUCUAGACAAAGCCUGCUCCAGCAGUGACCGCAUGGAGAAGAGAGCAACCCGUAGCACUGAGAACGGGCUGAAGGUUCCCAGCAGAGCCCAGCCGGAACAAAGGACCUUCCAAAGCCCUGACAGCAGAAAAAGCUUCUACCCGAACCCAGCAUUCCUUAAACAUCAGAAGAACCACGUUGCAGAGAGUCCCCACCAGUGCCCUGAUUGCGGGAAGCGCUUCACUCAGCGUUCAAGCCUGACCAUCCACCGUAGGAUCCACACGGGAGAGAAACCUUACCCAUGUCCACAGUGUGGGAAGUGCUUCCGGCAGAGUUCCAACCUUCUCAAACAUCAGAGAAUCCACUCUGGGGAGAAGCCGCACCAGUGCCCGGAAUGUGGGAAAUGCUUUGCCCAGCGUUCCAACCUCCUCAUCCACCAGAGGACCCACACAGGGGAGAUGCCCUACAUAUGCUCUGAGUGCGGGGCGUGCUUCAGCCAGCACCGAGGACUAGUCACUCAUCAGAGAAUCCACAUGGAAGAGAUGCCCUACGGAUACGGCUGCCCGGAUUGCGGGAAGUGCUUCCAGCAAAACUCAGACCUCACCAAACAUCUGCGAGUCCACACGGGCGAGAAGCCGUACAGCUGCCCGGAGUGCGGGAAGAGCUUCAGCUACAGCUCCAAUCUCAGCAAGCACCAGAGAAUCCACACGGGGGAGAAGCCGUAUCUCUGCAACGUGUGCGGGAAAAGCUUCAGUCACCUGUCGACCAGGAAUACGCACCAGCGGGUCCACACAGGGGAGAGGCCCUACGGCUGUAGCGAGUGCGGGAAAAGGUUCAUUUCCAGCUCCAAACUCACAAGGCAUCUGAGAACCCACUCGGGGAACACCCCUUACAUCUGCAACGAAUGCGGGAGGAGCUUCAGUUCCCACGGGACUCUGACCACGCAUCAAAGAAUCCACUCCGCCGAGAAUUACAGCAUGAAAAAUUGGGAGGCUCUGGAGCAGAGGCUUGGUAGCCCUGUGGGCAUUGAGUCACCUUUGUGACUGACACCGUUUUGAUUUGUAGCCUGUCCUGAUCGUAUAUGACAUUCCAGGAAAGGUGCUAGUCUGUAAGGCAUUGGAGGUCUGUGCAAUGCAGGCAGGAAGGGAAUAGGGGAGGAUGUAGGAUUAGUCUGGUGGCUUUGGAAAUAGAGGUAGGAUAGAGAGAAGGCAGGAAGGCGAGGCUUAUAUGGCUGGUUAGUUGUAGGGCAGAGUAAAACCUAGUGAGGCGAAGCGUUCUUUGCACCCUUGGCCAUAGUGAACCUUCCCAGUACUCCACAGCAAAUGUUUUGAGCCUCCCUUUAGCAAAGCAUGCCCCCUUCCCCCAGUGAAAUAGAAUGAUAGGUAAA